AUGGCGACCCUCAAGUCUCAUUUUGCUCCGAGCAAGAUUAUCUUUUACAUUCUGUGGUGGGGGUUUCACUGGGGGAUAUUCGCCUAUGGAUGGUACAAGCAAGCAGCGGAUCCCCGUUUGGCUGGUCUCAAUACCCUGACUUUCUCGGUAUGGAUAUCGCGAGGAGCUGGUCUUGUCCUCUCCGUGGACGUCUUGCUCAUCCUGCUGCCCAUGUGCCGCAACCUCAUGCGGUUUUUGAGACCAAAAUUUAGGUGGCUACCGCUUGACGAGACACAUUGGUUCCACAGACAGUGUGCCUAUGCCAUGCUCUUGUUCACCACCGUCCAUGUCACCGCUCACUAUGUCAACUUUUUCAACGUCGAAAGAACCCAGAUCCGACCUCAGACAGCUAUUCAAAUCCAUUACACCCAGGCCGGUGGUGUUACCGGUCACAUUAUGCUGCUGUGCAUGUUAUUCAUGUACACUACCGCCCACCAGAAGAUUCGCCAACAGUCCUUUGAGACGUUUUGGUACACCCACCAUCUCUUCAUCCCUUUUCUCCUCGCCAUGUAUACGCACGCCGUGGGCUGUUUCGUUCGAGACACAGCCGACCCAUUCUCCCCAUUUGCUGGCAAGCUGUUUUGGAAGCACUGCAUAGGUUACCAGGGCUGGCGGUGGGAGCUUUGGUCAGGCGGUCUCUACCUUUUUGAGCGGCUCUGGCGCGAAGUCCGUGCAAGACGAGAGACCAAGAUCACCAAAGUGGUCCGCCAUCCUUACGAUGCCAUGGAAAUCCAGUUCCAGAAACCCAGCAUGAAGUACAAGGCUGGUCAGUGGCUAUUCAUUAAUAUUCCCGCUGUGUCGAGCCAACAGUGGCACCCUUUCACAAUCACUUCGUGCCCAUUCGACCCCUAUAUUUCGGUGCAUGUGCGUCAAGUGGGUGACUGGACAAAGGCUGUGGGAGAUGCAUUGGGUUGCGGUCCUGCCCAAGCAAAGGAGUUCGAUGACCUGGACAAAGAGGGCAUCUAUGAAAUUGCGUUGCAACAGGGUCAAGAGAUGCCUGCCAUUCGGAUUGAUGGACCUUACGGUGCCCCCGCCGAAGACGUCUUUGACAACGAAAUUGCUGUUCUCAUCGGCACAGGCAUCGGUGUUACCCCAUGGGCCUCAGUACUCAAGCACAUCUACAAUAUCCGCGCUGGACCCAAUCCACCUAGACGUCUCAAGCGUGUUGAAUUCCUCUGGGUCACCCGCUCUGUCGAGUCUUUCGAGUGGUUCCAGACUCUCCUCACUUCUCUUGAGCGACAAUCCGCCGAAGCUGCCGAAAGUGUGGGCGGCCCUGAGUUCCUUCGUAUCCACACUUACCUCACCCAACGUGUCGACGCCAACACGGCAGCAAAUAUCUACCUCAACACUGUGGGCAAUGCAGUUGAUCCUCUGACUGCAUUACGCACCAAGACCCAGUUUGGCAGGCCCGACUUCAAGCGUCUCUUUGGCGCCAUGAGAGAUGGCCUCAUGGACCAGACGUAUCUGGAUGUGGGCAAGGAGUCAUCCAUUACGGCACAAAUGAAGGCCACAGUGGGUGUAUACUUUUGUGGACCCAGCGCCGCGGCGAGAGAAAUCAAGACCGCCUGUAAAGCGACGAGCAACGACCUCGUCAAAUUCAGGUUUUGGAAGGAACAUUUCUAG